UUUCACUUAAAAAAUUUUUUUUUAUUACCAAAACAACGAAAGGACGUUAUUUGAAACGAAACUACAAUAACAAAACAAAAAACAUAAAUAAAAACAAACGCAUUCGACAUUGAUUAAUUGUUUAUCAAAAUUGUGAGUUAAACUCAUUAGCCUUGACCCAUCAACUGACUUUCGACCGUAGACCGACCAGUUCGCGUACGCGCGACCUCUCUUUCUACCACCAAAAUGAGCAUUAUUGAUAGCGGACGUUAUCGGCUACGUAAAGAUUGGGCCAGCGCCUCCAUACCGUCAUUGGUCGACAUCGAUGAGCAUGUGAAUGAUGAAGUCGAGAAUUCGCUGAAUAUCACCACACCCUUGCCACCACCGAAGCCGCCACGUCGCAGCUCAUUGGCAUUGGGUUUGUUCUCGAGCAAGGGUGAUAAGAGUCAGAAGAGACGUAGCUCGAUUGCGGCGGUAUUUUUGCGGCGCGAUAGUAAUAAGAAUUCAACCAAAGAUUCCUACGAAUCAGCUGUGAAACACGAGAAAAGCGAUGGCUCCCUUUCGCCUGGUAGCCCGGAAAUAUCCUACACUUCGGGGGAGAAUAUACGCACCUCUUCACCCAACGAACCGGGUAAAGUAACCUAUUUUGAUGAUGGCUCCAGCCUAAGACCGAUAGUGAAGGGUAUUAACAAUCCCUAUGACUCACCGGUGGAUAAGGAGCGUAAUCGACGACGACGCAGCUCAUUGCAAGCGAAAUUGGAACGACACCGUCGCAAAAACAACGACAUAAGCCAAUUGAGCAUAGACAACAGCUUGCCGAGCGGCUCACAAAGCGAUUUGACCAAUGGCAGUAUGAGUGGCGGUGGUAGUGGUAUCGGUACAUCAUCGGGCGAUCUAUCAUACGGUGAUAUUGAUGCCAAUCACUCGGCAUAUUUUCCGAGACAAAAACGACACUCGUGGUGGAAUAUUUUUGUGCCAGAGCAUUUGAAGACCAGGUCACGUAGGGCUAGUCAAGAUGUUUCGCUUAUGUCACGCAGCGUUGACAAUUUAGCCGUGCCAGUGCGUCGGAGUAAAUCACGUAGCGUUGAUCACGGCCUUGCUGCCCCAUUCGAUUUGGAUUCAUUACGCUCGAAAGUGGAAGGACGCUUCGAGAGCGUUGAUCGAUUGACAAAUGAGCGCAAAAAGUCAUCAUUGCCCACCAUACCAACCAAAACGUAUACGGUCGGAAAUCGUGAUACCUUGACCUCGGUGGCUGCACGUUUCGACACUACACCCUCAGAGUUGACACAUCUCAAUCGCCUGAACAGUUCAUUCAUAUAUCCGGGGCAACAAUUGCUGGUACCGGAUAAGAGUGCGGCUAAAAAUGAUUCGGUCAGUGGCAGUGCGACUGGCAUCGAUGAAAAGGGCUCCAACGCCAGCAUUUCGGGCAAAUCGAGUCCCGUCGAACGCAAAUUAUCCACCACCGAUGAGCAGAAAGAUGAAAAUGAUAUACUAGAAGGUCUCCGUCCUGGUUCACCGAAACCGGGUCACAUUGAACGCAUCGAUUCCACUAAGAGCGCCGAUAGUGCACAGGCCGAGGCAAAUAAGAGCGAUGAUCCAGUUAUUACACAACGUUUCCUCAAAAUCAAUGUACGUCAUAUCACCGAUGGGCAAGGCGUGGUGGGAGGUGUGCUAUUGGUCACACCCAAUGCUGUUAUGUUCGAUCCGAAUGUCUCUGAUCCUCUUGUCAUCGAACAUGGCCCGGAGAGUUAUGGUGUGAUAGCACCAAUGGAACUAGUCGUCAAUGCAGCGAUAUUUCAUGAUAUUGCGCAUAUGCGUGUGUCGGGUGGUAUAAAUACCGAACAAAAUACGGAAAAUGCCGAAAUCUACUAUCCACAAGCAGUAUUAGAAGCGAAACAGGCUAAAGAGGCCAAAGAACAGACAAACGAAACCGAGGCCGAUAAAGCAAAGCAAGGUGGUUCGGUGGAAACAUGUGACGAUCAGGAGUCGUUAUGCUCAAAUGUGGGCGGCGAACGUGAGAAAGCUGAAGAGAAGGGUGUGGAAGCCAAAGAAAGUGUUAAGACUGAUGAUGACGGUGAUACGGCCAGCACGAAAGCCAACAAAACUGAUGACGAUACAAUUGUCAAUGAUUUGAAGAAAACUCUUAAUCUCACCGACACACGUACAACAUUGGAGGAGAGACGCAAAAGUCUAUUGGACCACCACUGGGCCAUACCGAGCAAAGAUCGAUCAUCGGAAGACGAGGGCGACAACGAAUCGCAAACGACCAUUGACAGUGGCGCUCGUGGACAGGACCCACAUUCGGCCACAUCCUCAAUAAGCGGCAUAGGUGCAGCUAGUGGUGGUCUGAAUUUACCUGGCGGUUUGGCGCCCGCCGAUCUCGAGCAUUUGGAAGAAUUAUCUAAGCAAUCAUGCUAUGACUCGGGCAUCGAUAUACGUGAGCCGAUACCAAAUUUACAGCCCAUACCAAAGAAGACCGUUUACAGUGAUGCCGAUAUUGUGCUAAGCUCUGAUUGGGUGCCACCAAAGACCAUUUCACCGACGUUGAUGAGCGAAUCGCCACCACGCAGCUCUGUGUUGAGUGGAAAAAGUCUCGAUGCUAGCACUAGCGUCGCUGGUGGACGUAAGAAGACCAGCAGCGUUAGCUUCAGUGUCGAUGACAAUAAUGGUGAGCAACAAGCUGCCGCGGCGGUGGCGGCUACAGCAGCAGCAACAGCUGCUCAGAGUGAAAAGAAUGCAGAGAAGAAAAAUAAAAUGCUUAAACGUUUGUCCUACCCGUUGGCAUGGGUUGAAGGUUUAACUGGCGAAGCAGGUGGCCCUCCAAGCACUGGUGGUAGCCUCGGCAAGUCGGCGGACUCUGAAUCGGCGCCCAACACGGGCGAUUCGAAUCAGAGUGUAUUUUCGAAAGUAUUUUCAAGUUCGCCCAUUACUUUGGUCUCAGAGUUGGGUGGUAAUUUAUUUUCAAAAACACCGUCCGAAGACUCUGGUGGCUCACCAGUGCCACCACUGACUCCGCAUUCAACUCAUUCUGAGGGUCAUGUUUCGACUGGACGCUCAUCGAUUGGCACAUUUAUGCGUCCACAAUCGUCGGAGGGCACUGCUUCCACAACAAAAUUGAAGGAUGUUAAACCACAACCUAAAUUGGAUUAUCGUUCGAUGGUAUCGGUUGAUGAUAAACCGGAAUUAUUCAUAAGUGUUGAUAAAUUGAUACCACGACCGGCACGUGCCUGCCCCGACCCACCAUUGUACUUACGCCUGCGCAUGGGUAAACCCAUCGGCAAGGCAAUACCGCUACCGACCUCUGUUAUGUCGUAUGGCAAAAAUAAAUUGAGACCUGAAUAUUGGUUUAGUGUACCUAAAAAUCGCGUUGAUGAAUUGUAUCGCUUCAUAAACACCUGGGUGCAGCACCUGUAUGGUGAAUUGAAUGAAGAGCAAAUCAAAACGCGUGGCUUCGAACUCAUACAAGAUGAUACUGAGUGGACGAAGAGCGGCACUGCUAAGAGUGGCCGUAGUGGCAGUCAAGAGAAUGAGGAGAUUAGCGAUUUGACGCGCGAAUCAUGGGAGCUUAUAAAAGCGCCCUUCGCCAAGACCUACAGCAUUAUAAAAACGGCAAAGCAUGCCGCAUCGCAUGAGAUGGACUUGUUGAGUGGCGAGGUGUUGUCUAUGAGCACAGAUGAUUAUCGUAAAGCAUCACUAUUUGCAACCGGUUCCUUUGACUUGGACUUCCCCAUACCAGAUUUAAUUGGCACAACAGAAAUUCUCACAGAAGAGCAUCGUGAAAAACUUUGUGGACACCUACCCGCACGUGCAGAAGGCUAUUCGUGGUCAUUGAUUUUCAGCACAUCCCAACAUGGCUUCUCGCUGAACUCGCUCUACCGAAAGAUGCAAAAACUUGAAAGUCCCAUAUUAAUCGUCAUACAAGAUACAGACAACAAUGUCUUUGGCGCUUUAACAUCCUGCUCCCUGCAUGUGUCCGACCAUUUUUAUGGCACCGGCGAAUCUCUGCUAUACAAAUUUAAUCCCAGCUUUAAAGUGUUCCAUUGGACCGGUGAAAAUUUAUAUUUCAUUAAGGGCAAUAUGGAGAGCUUAUCGAUCGGUGCUGGAGAUGGUCGCUUUGGCCUGUGGCUCGACGGUGACCUCAAUCAAGGCCGAUCACAAUCCUGCAGCACAUACGGCAAUGAGCCAUUGGCACCGCAAGAAGACUUUGUUAUCAAAACACUCGAAUGCUGGGCAUUUGUUUAAGAUUUCGCUGUGGAAAUACAUAUACAUAUACACAUGCAUACAUAUACAUAUAUAUAUAAAUAUUUAAUGAGAAAGAAGAAACUAACUAAAAGUAUAUAUUAAUUAAAAGAGAAAAAAAAACUAUAAUGUAAAAGAAAUAAGGAAAUAAUUAAACAUUUAUUUUUGUGUGUCUAUCACCGAUUAAUAAUACAUAUAAGUGAAAAACAAAAAACAAAAAAAAAGAAGAAGAAUAAGCAAAACACAAAAUCAAAGUCAGCAAACCUUCUCAAAGCAGAACGUGGCAGCAGCGAGCUACUUGUAAGGGCGGCAACGGACGGCAGGAAGGCAGGAAGGAUAUAAUGCUAAAAUACACGUUUGCAACUAUAACACACAUACAUAUAUUAUAUACACACACAUACAUAUAAGUUAAUAAUAUAACAUUUAUGCAUUAAGCGUUGAUUUAGCGAGUCAUUUAGAACGAAACAAUGAAUUGUUAUUAUUAUUAUUAUUUUUUUUUUUAUAUACAUACUGAUGAUGAUUAUUGCGAUUGCCGACGCUGCUGACGACGAUGAUGACGCGUAGUUUGAAUACAAUUUUUUACGCGCAUAAGACACCUUUUUAACUAAACCAUGUACACGCAAACGCAACCACAAAUCGCAGACUGAGUGCUGCGUGGAGUCAAUUGAAUUGUAAAAGUAGACAAGAAGAAACAUGUAGACACCGCCACAAACACAAACAAACCGCCAAAAAAAAAAAAUUUUAAAAAAAUGCAUCAUACACACACAUGCAUAUAUAAAUACAAUAAAUACAAGAGCAUUUUGUGCUGCAUAUUAUUAUUAUUGUCUAUUUCCCACACAAAGCAUUGUGUCCUCCAUUAUUGCCUCAUUUAUUAAGCUAGCCUGUGUAUUUAUGCAACAACAAAAAUGUAAAAGUCGACUUGCUAAAGAGCAAUUGUGCUGGAAAAUUUCGUAGACGGCCUCCUGGAAGUGGGCGUUUGUGCUGGGCUAAAUGCCAUUUGUUUAGACUAAAUAUAGUACUAUAUGUAUGUAUGUAAGUACUUUACAAGCACGCCUGGUGUUGCCUACUUUUAGGAGGUCAAAAAUUUUCUACUGCAAUUAUUUUUCAGUAAUGUACGGCUAUUUUUCAAUUAAACUCAAGCAAAAAAAAAUGUAUUUAAUAUAAUUAUUGUUGCGAAAAUUGUAGCGCAGUAAUUUGUUGUAGAAUUGUGCAUUAGAAAGUUAGUGUUUAAAAUGUCGUUUUGCAAUAAUAAAAAAAAAACAUGAAAAUAACGCCGAAAAAUGGUUUAUGCGUAAUCGGUAAAAAAUUGAAAAAAAAAACUUUUAUUUCUGAAGAAAAUGUUUGGUCUAAAAAAAAUCCAAAGGUCAUAUUGCACGUGAACGGAAGUGUUUGUUAUAAAAAUGCUAAAUAUUAGCCAAAAUAAAAAGUUCAUUUUUACGGUAUUUUAUAUAACCAAAAAAAUAUGAAUUCAAUUGUACAUUAUUUACUAUUACGAAUGUAAAUUAUGUACUUGCGUCGGAAACUUAAAACAAUUUCAAUUUAAAUAUGUUUCAUUCACCAUAUACAUACAUAUAUACAUAUGAACAUUGCAAAUAUUUGUAAACAAUUAAACUAGCAUAGAUAUAUGCGCAUUUUAUUGUUGUAUGAUAUUUAAAAAGGAGAAACCCAAAUCUGCAGCAUGUUGUUGGUUUUAUAUACAUAUGUAUGUAUGUAUUUGUGUACAUACCCAGAAAAUCCGCCGAACGCAGAAUGACGCUUUGAGAAGUGCGCGCCGCACAUGCUUUAUAACACACGCAUACAUAUAUAUUUAUAUAUAUAAAUACUUUUUAAAUAAAGAAAAACGCAUGCAGACAUACAUACAUAUAUCCAUAUAUAUAUAUAUAUAUAUAUACAUACACACCUAUAUGUAUUGUGCAUGUGAAUUGAUUCUUGGUGGUAACAAUUUAAUGAAUAUCAAAAUGUGAAUUCUUUUUUUUUUUCUUUUUUUUGUGUAACAAUAAAUGUUGUAAUAAAACAAGAAAAAUAAAUAACGGUAUAAAGAAAGAAUCUAAUAAUAUGUGAGUAAGCCGUUCAAAAUGCGUGUUGAUUGCGUAUUCAUUUAUAUAUAUAUGUAUGUUAUAUACAUAUUUACAGUUAAGUUUUCAGUUAAUAAGCAAAUUAUAUAUUAUAUACAUUCAUACAUACAUAUACAUAUAUAUAUGUAUAUAAUUAAACUAAUUGAUAUGAUAUGAAAUGUAAUUUUAAAUAAACUAAUUAUUUAAUUGUUAUUAACAAAUGCAAAUUAUUGUAGCGCGUAUAUACAUAUACACACAUAUUUCGUUUCUAUGUUUGUUUGAUAUCAUAUGUUUUUUUUUUUUAUUAAUUUUUUGUCUUUAAUUUAUAGUGCUUAAAUAUGGCGUAAAUAUUUUUUUGUAUUCACUUAAAAUCACCGUCAAAUAAAUUGAAAGUAAAAAAAGCGAAACAAAUUAAAUUAAGUAAUUUCAAAAUUUAAUUAAAAUCAAUGUUAAAGACAACAAAGAACACAACACGCUAAUUACAAAUUACGCGCAUACAAACAUAAGUAUGUAAAUACAUGAUAAAAUAAUGAUUUUGUGAAUGUGUAAACGUUGAAUUCAUACAUAAUACAAUCUUUACAAACAAAAACAAGUUAGAACAAAAAAAAAUACAACAAACA